AUGAGAUCUAAUUUCCAAUCUGAUGACCGUAUGGAGGAUUUCCCCCCAUUAAACCCUAACUCUGUCGCCGCUACUGUUCUGCCGGCUGCCGCCACUGUUGACUGGAGCUCCGGCCUCGAGGACAUCCCUCAUGGUGUGACUAAGGUAACCGUAACAUAUAGCUCGAAAAAAGAUUUGGAAGGGGUGGAGCAUUCUUCUGCCGCCGUGCAACCUCCACCAUCCACCUCCAGGCUGGCGGCUGACCAUGAACAGCAACAACUUGGUGCGACCAAGGGAACCAACCCCUCAACUGACCUCAAUGAGCAUUGCAAUGAAGAUAGGAGGGCUGGAAAUUCGCGCUUGGAUGAUAAAAUAAUUUUUGCCGUCAUGAUUUGGUUCCAUGCUUGCUCUGUCAACAUAAUCAGUGAUUCAGAAAUAGAAACUUCCCACUUGCUGCAUAUGAGUACUCAAAAUGUAGUUCGUCGAUAUAAGUUUCUCACCUUGUAACAACUAAAUAAUUUGCAAACCAAGGAUAGAAUUUUGUUUCAAGAAUCUC